AUGAAUCGCGGCCGGAAUAGUAGUUCAAGCAAUGACGAAGCAUCAGAUGAUCAUCAGGAUGCCUUGCUACUUGGACUUGCAGCUGAGUUGAUACUUCUACAUCCGGAGGCAGAAAGGUAUGGAGGUCCGAAACUCAAAAUUCCAUACCAUGAUGGCUCACUCACAGGGCGUCAAUGGGUUGAGGAGUUGAUCAAUGGUCACUACAAACGAAUUAUCGAAAAUUGUCGUAUUUCGGUUGACAAUUUCCUCCUACUUUGUGACAUACUAAAGUACAAUAAUUACGUACCCCAAAACUAUCAAAAACGAGUGGAAAUCGAGGAGGCACUAGCCAUGGCUUUGGUAAUGGUAAGUCAUAGUGCCCGACAACGAGUUUUGGCAGAGCGUUUCAAUAGAUCAACGGAGACAAUUAACCGCAAUGUAAGGGAGGUCCUGCGCGGUCUUUGUAUGUUUGCUUCACAAAUAAUUCGCCCUUUUGACUACGAUCAGGUGCAUCCAAGGAUCGCGAAUUCGACAAAGUACUUCCCGUGGUUCAAGGAUGCAGUGGGAGCAAUUGAUGGCACUCACAUUCCGGCGUGCCCACCCUCAGGUCACCAAACGGCGUAUACAAAUCGACAUGGAUUUCAGUCGCAAAAUCUACUGGCAGUAUGUGAUUUCGAUAUGCGAUUCACGUACAUAUAUGCUGGGUGGGAGGGAAGUGCACACGAUGCCCGAGUGUUAGAUGAUGCUCUGUCACACCCGUCAGACUUCCCAAUGGCACCUGAAGGUAAAUACUACCUUGUAGAUGCUGCAUAUAAGAAUGUUCCAGGCUUCUUACCGCCGUAUAAGAAUGCAGCACGGGCCGGGCCUGAAAAAAUUUUAUUCAAUACGCGCCACUCGGAACUUAGAAAUGUCAUUGAACGAACCUUUGGAGUUCUGAAGAAUAGAUUUAAAUUUUUGAAGGGACCGGUUCCAAAUUUUUAUAUGUCCACUCAAGUCAAUGUUGUUAUAGCUUGUUGUGUAUUGCACAACUUUCUUCGCUUACACCAACCAGGCGACGCCCACUUUCAACUGGCUGAGGACGGCAAUGUUGGAUUAGAGCACCAACAGGGUGCUGGUGAGUUACCUCACGUGCACCCAUUGAAUGCAUCCCGAACUGAGGUUAUGGCUUGGAAAGCUAGGCGAGAUGCGAUUGCAACUGAAAUGUAUGGGGCGUCGCGUAGGAGAAGGCGUUAG